AUGGUUGCGGUGACCAUGUGGGGGUUGGCUAAGCACCAAGUGAGCGAGCGCGAAGCCGCGCUGGCCGUGAGCGCUCUCGGCGCGUUGUACGUCAGCUAUAAGCUCCUCUCCGCCAUGUACAAGUCCGGCAGCAUGGCCCGUGCGUUCGACGCCCAGGGACUGUACCGCCCCAAGUCGACGCUGCCGAUUCUGGGCAACACACUCGACGUCAUGUUCUACCAGAAGGAGCGGUUCAUUGUCGGUCGCCCCGACGCGCUUGUGGUCACGUCCCCCGAGGCCUGCGAGGAUGUUUUCAAGACGCAGUUCGAUAACUUCGGGCGCGGCACGGAGCUGCGAGACGUUAUCUACGACAUCUUUGGCGACGGCAUCGCCGGCGUGGACGGCGAGGAGUGGCAGAAGCAGCGCCGCGUCGCCAGCCAUCUCUUCUCGAUGAAAAUGCUGCGCGACGUGAUGGACGAAGUGAUCAUCGAGAAGGUGACCAAGCUCAAGGACGUCCUCGCCGAGUGCGCCAAGCAGGGCAAGGUCGUCCCGAUGAAGUCGCUCUUCGGCAAGUUCACAAGCGAGGUGUUCACCAAGAUUGGCUUUGGCGUCGACCUCCGCAGCCUGGAGAGCGACCCGUGCUCGGACUCGAACAACGCCUUCAUCCGGGCCGUCGACGUGUACGCGGAGGUCUUCGGGGCGCGCGUUCAGUCCCCGGCGUGGUUCUGGAAGCUCAAGCGCUUCCUGAGCAUCGACGACGAGGGUGGCACCCAGCAGGUGCUGGCCAAGUCGUUGGAGGUUCGGCGCCAGGACAGCAGCGACGCUAAGCGGACGGAUCUGCUGACGCUGUUCGUCGAAGCGAACACGAGCAUCGACCCGAAAGCGGUUCACGACACGCUCAUGUCCUUCCUGUUGGCCAGCAAGGACACGUCGAGCUUCAGCCUGUCGUGGGUCCUGAUCAAUCUCAACCGCUACCCGGCGGUGCUGGCCAAGCUCCGCGACGAGAUCCGGGCGAAUCUGCCUGGUCUCAUGACGGGCGAGAUCAAGGUCCCGACCAUGGAGGACUUGCAGAAGCUCCCGUACCUGGAGGCCGUGGCGAAGGAGAGUCUGCGUCUGCACAUGACGGCCUCCAACCGCAUGGCCAACACGGCCACGACGCUCAGUGACGGCACCUUCGUGCCGGAAGGCUGCGCCGUCAUGAUCCCCAUGUACGCGUCCGCGCGCGUGAAGAGCGUCUGGGGCGAGGACGCGGCCGAGUACAAACCCGAGCGGUGGAUCGACGCCGCGACCGGCAAGGUCACGCCCGUGUCCCCGUUCAAGUUCGUCACGUUCGGCGCCGGCCCCCGUCAGUGCCUCGGCAUGCGCUUCGCGCUGCUGCAGAUCCAGACGACGAUGGCCGUGCUGUUCAGCCACUUCGACCUCAAGACGACCGAGGACCCGUUCGACCUCACCUACGACUUCGCCAUCACGCUGCCCGUCAAGGGCCCGCUCAACGUCACCGUGCGAGAGAUCACACCCGCUGCCUACUAG